AGAAUACCCCGUUGAAGGUUUCAAUCUGUUUUGUAUGACGUGGCUCGUGAAACAGCACAGUUUUAAACUCCGUGCCUAGUGGUGGAGAUGUAUUUUCGGUAAAUAAUAUUGUGCUCACAACGAAAUGUGUUUUUGAAAGCCUGUAGUGUUGUAAUCUACCUGAUCUUGAGAACUUUCCAUGGUCAUAUACUCUGAUCUCCACUGGCAUGGAGCUAGGAGCACAUUGAUAGUGAUAGUCUACAAGGUACAUUGUUUUCAAACAUUAGAUCUUGGUUUCUAUGCAUUGCCUGCCAAAGAAGAACUGAGCCCUAUGUUUCCACACAAUUCUAGUUCACAUGAGAUUUCUACAGAAACAAAUGCCUUCGUACAAAAUUCCAUGGGGGAUGUAGUAGUAUUAGGGAAAAACAGUCCGAUAGGGAUGGGGGAGGGAAGAGAAUCAGAGAAUGCUAGAUACUGUGAUAUUGAAUUCAUAAACAACAGCAUGAUGGCAAAACCUACUAGCCAUCUCGAAAAUAUCGUCGCCACUGACUUUUUAACCGUCCUGUCGAGCCAAACUGGCAAGUUUAUCUUGACUAGUCGAAGCUUGAUCUGCCAGUCAGUGGCGUCGUCAACCACAAAACACCCAACAAAAAAUCAUCUUCUAACUUACGAUAAUAAUAAUAUUAUUAUUAAUAUUAAUAAUAAUAAUAAUAACAAUGGUAGUAGUGGUAAUAAUAAUAAUAAUAAUAACGAUAAUGAUAAUCCUAAACUAAAUGAUCGCUCAAAUCGAGCGGAACAUAAUCAUCAAGACGAUCGAAAACCAACAGUUCAUAAAACAACAACAACAACAACAACAACAACAACAAAAAGAAAACAUCCGGGCAUGUCCGGUAACAAGAAACCGGUCAGCUCCGCCAAUAACUCUAAGUCUAUGUCUAAGACAUUAAGUGAUAAUAAGACUAGCUUUAGCGUACUAAAUAUUAGGGUACUAAGUAUAAGCGUAAAUCUACGAUUAACAGGAGAUAAGUGUGCAGUCGGUGAAGGGGUACCUAGCCUAGUUAGGAUACCCAAGUCUGAUCGCCCCUCAUCAGGCCACUUCUCUCUCGACUCUCUUGACAAUUACUCCUUACUAGGGUCCUGCCUCCAUUCGGGCAAAUACAAUAACGUUAAGUCUAAUUUUAGCCUCCUAAGUAAUAAUAACGAUAACUACAAGUCUGUGAUAUUGCUCAGCUCAACCAGUAACCAUUAUUUCCUCCGCGUCGAAAUGGACGGUGGUGCGAAUGCAAUGAAAUUAAGAACCCAUUUGGAUUUAUUCAGAUAUUUCGUGAAAUCUUUUUUCGACGGUUUAUCCUUACAAAAACAAUAUAAUUUCAUACUGUUGCCGGAACAGGAUGACGAUGAAUAUAACUUCUUAAUAAAUGACCAAAUGAUCAAAAGCAAGCAUCGUUGGAUUAUUAACGUUCAAUCGAUUAACGGAUCGAGGAAAUUUUCUUUAACAUAUUUAGAAUUAUUCUCGAGUAAAAUUCUUAUGGAGAUUAUAAUACGUUGCGUGAAAAAUGAUGCAUUUUCAUGUCAUAAUCAAGACUCAAACGAACUUUGUUUGUCACGCUUAUGUACCUUUGUUAAGUAUCUUUAUCCGAUCGGUGUUGAUUCAAAGAUUGAAAUAUUUUUAUCAACAUAUCUAUAUUCGAAAAUUGAAUCUCUUCGCUUAGUUUAUUCAGAUAACUUAAAAACACUGUCAGAGAUUAAUUCUGUCUUCGUAGAAAUUUUGUUGCCAGCCGUUGCUUGCUCAGAAAGCAACAAGCACCCAAUGAUGAAAUCUUGUUUAAUCAGUGAAGAUGAAACAUUGACAAAUGUUGUGAUCGUCGUUUCGGUGAAGUAUAGAAUAUCAAAAGCGCCUUUAAAUUUCAUAAUACCGAGGAAUAAUGUUUAUGUAAGGGAUACGUCGUCGAACGAAGAAUCACGUCUGAUUAAAGAAGGGGAAAGCGUGGCCACCAGUUCUUCCAUUACGCUUAUCGUUCCCGGAAACGAGCUAACCGACCAGCCUCCGCGACCUUUCCCAUUGAGAAACGCGCCCAACAGCGCACAAUCCUCUCCUUCGUGGCUCGAUCUGGUCGCGAGCGAGCUGACGCAACGCGCAUGUGUUCCACUCUCGUUAGGAUGUAAGCUUUAUGUGGUUAAAUUUAGCUAUAAGGUGAUUUGCGAUUUUAGUAUUACGUGGAAGGGGAUACCGAGCCACGAGACUAGUUACAAAAGGACACAUCUCGAUGUUCAAUUCUUGAGUAUUUCUGUUCAAAUAAACGAGACAACAUUCACCUAUAAGAUACCAAAUUUUCUAAGAAGAACGAGAACUUGUCUCUUGAACGAUGAUCCCCUUGAACAAGGGAUUAGUCAUGAUAUAUUUCUUUCAUUAAUUAGAAAAUUAACAGCAACAACGAUGAAUUGUGAGAACAUGAAUUCAAUGAAAGACGAACAAUUAAAUGUCCUAUUAUUUAAUUCGAUUAGAAAUCUAGUAGAGUGUAGGAUGUCAAUCGUGGGUAUGGAAAAUUACAAAAUUUGCUGGUCACUCAUCAUAACGUUAAGAAAAUUAUUGAACGAUGAAAUUUUUACCUCAAUAAGAAUUCUUACACGAAACUACGUGUUCCUAUUAAAGAUCUUUAGAAGAAUGUAUUAUUCGAAUGUGACAUUGAUGAAUGAACAACAAGAACAACAACAAUAUCCAAACGACGGUUGUUUGUUAAAAAGAACCUCAGAUACGUUAAUUUUCAAGUUAAAGAAAAAGACAAUGGAGAUGUUGUCCUCGGAUAUUAAUGGUAUUAAUCGCGUGGCAACAAUUACUGUUGGUGCUCUUUCAUUUCAGGAUAAUGUUAAGUCUAACGAGCCUUCGGCCACUUAUCUCGCGAGCUAUAAGUACUCGGGGUCACAUGCGUCUUAUUCUAUUAGUUCAUUGCGCUCUAAUUUAUUUAAACGAAUAAAGCUAAGGUGUCAAGCUUUCGCUGACGUGAUGAAUGAUAAAAUUUCCCGUGAGGAUCUCUGUGAUUUGUAUCGAUUUAAAAGAAGGUUAUACAAAGUACACGAAGUUAUCGGAUAUAAUGUUGAGAACGUUUUUACAAAAAGUCUGAUCAAUUGUAAACAAGUUGCUCUCAUCGGCACGACGACGACGACGACGACGACGCCUCAGACUGCCCGAUUUGUCGACGACAGUUAUGAUUGUAAUAAGAAUACUAGCCCGGAUUUCAAGAACAAGAACGACACUGUUCGCCUUCGCGACCGCAGUCAAUACGAAAUGUCGGAAACAGUUGUACGUUCAGGAGAUGAUACGACUUCCGAAGAAAAGACGAACGAUAAGAAUCCAAUUCCUCUUCGAUUGGAAAGUAACGAAACGAUUGUAAACGGGUCAAAGCGAAUUCAACUGAUUGCUUACGCAAGGAAUCUCAUAGCAGCAUCCCUGGGAGUUUCCGAUGGCACUUUACAAGCUCAGAAAAAUGAUCUUAAGCAGACGUUGAAGCUUCUUUUCGGAUCGGUCUACGACAUGGAUCAGCCCAAUUUAGAGUAUAAGAAAAGAUGGGGCAUUCCUGGCAUUCUCAGAUUAGCCGGUGGUGGUGAAACUUCAUUGAACAGCGCUGGAGCUACCAACUGGGGCUCUACGCAGACCAGUACUACAAAUAACAACAAUAAUAAUCAAUCCGGAUGGGGUGGUAGUUCGGGAAAUCCUUCUGGAAACAGUGGGGCACCUGGAAAUUGGACUGGAAAUAGUGUAAACAGAUCUGUUGCUGCGAAUCAGAAUCCAAAUCAGAAUCAAGGACCCGGUGGACAAAAUGUUCCAGGUAAUGUAAAUAAGGUGAACAAUCCAAAUCAACAAUCCAAUCAACAAUCAGGACCACCAACAUCUCAGUCGAGCGGCACGGCUCAGGGUGGACAGAACAGUAACCAAUGGUCGCAAGGAAAAUCUAACAAUCCCGGGGGACCUGGGCAAAAUUCUUCUGGUCAAAAUAAUAAUAGUAGUUCAGUUCAACAGCAGCAACAAUCAAACUCCAGUAGCAAUAAUAAUCAGCCGAAUAAUCAGGCUCAGGGAUCCGUUAAUAAUAAUAACACAUCUGCUAGCAAUACCCCUUCGACUAAACAACAACUAGAGCAGUUGAAUACGAUGAGAGAAGCAUUGUUCAGCCAGGAUGGUUGGGGCUGUCAACACGUUAACCAAGACACAAACUGGGACGUUCCAACCUCACCAGAGCCUAGCAUGACUAAGGAUGGAGUUCCAAUGUGGAAGCCACCGGUAAAUAAUGGUACAGACUUAUGGGAAGCUAAUCUUAGAAACGGUGGUCAACCGCCGCCUCAACAACAAGCAAAGACACCCUGGGGUCAUACACCGGCGACGAACAUAGGUGGAACCUGGGGCGAGGACGACGAAGCUGCUGACUCGUCGAACAUGUGGACUGGUGCUCCUACCUCUUCUCAACCGAACUCUGCAGCUGGACAAUGGACAACCAGUACAGGAAAUCAAUCCGGCAUGUGGGCAGGAUCUAACUGGGGUGACCCGAGAAUCGAUCACCGGGAUCCUCGAGAUCUUCGUUCCGUCGAUCCUAGAGAGAUGCGAGAUCCCCGUGAUCACAGGAUGUCGUUGGAUCCUCGAGAACACAUGCGAGUAAUGGAUCCGAUGGCUCGUGAUCCUAGAAUAGCGGAUAUGCGCGGCGAUCCCCGCGGAAUAUCUGGAAGAUUGAACGGUGCCAAUGCUGACGCGAUGUGGGGUCAACCUCCAGGUCCUCCGCAUCAUCAAAUGGGACAUCAACAUCCUUCAGGACCUCCUGCUAAAAUGUUGAAUCCAUCUAAUAUAAAUCAAUGGGCUGCUCCGCCACCAAAGGACAUCAUGCCUGGAAAACCAUCGGGUUGGGAAGAACCUUCUCCGCCUACGCAAAGAAGAAACGUUCCGAAUUACGACGACGGUACAAGUUUGUGGGGUAACCCUGCAGCCAAUCAAAGGGCAAUACCUGGAAGCAAAGUUUCUCAUUGGAAGGAUCUACCUUCAAAUCUGGGCAGAGCAGUAGGAAUGCAAUGCCCUCCGGGCAUGCCGCAGAACAGAAUGCCAGGUCAACCUGGAAUGAAACCAGACGUAAGCGGACCAAUGUGGGGUCAUCCCGGUGCACCUGGCGGACGUAACGGUAGUUGGGCAGAAGGAUCGCACGACGCAGGUUCAUGGGAUGAGCCUAAAACUCCAAGUACCUGGAACGAGGCUCCGUUGAAUCCUGGCACUUGGGGUGCACCUAGUACGCAUAAACCUAAACCAAUGGGACCUACUGGAAGCUGGGUCGAUACCGACAUGGAUCCUACUCCCAGUUGGGGACAUCCUACUAAACCAACUCUUACUAAGGAAGUUAUAUGGAACAGCAGGGAGUUCCGGUAUUUGUGUGAUUUAGGAUUCAAAAAGGAGGAUGUUGAAUUGGCUCUCAGGAAUCGAGAAAUGAAUAGAGAAGAAGCCUUGGAACUUCUUAGUCAGUUGCGGCCUGUGGAUCAAUGGAGAAGACACGAUGCUCACUCCAGUUAUGAUCCAACCAAUCAAGCUACAACUGCACCAGCAUAUCCUAGAUUUAAUCACGUCGCACAGCAGAUGUCUUUCCCUCCCGGUGCUGGAGUACCAAGUGGAAAUACAACUGGCAGCGUGGGAGGAUCGGUUGCUAGUGCAAGUUUGCUAAAGUUACAACAGCAGCAGCAACAAGCCGCUGUUCCGUUACAACAACAACAACCUAGUACUAAUGCACCUCAACCACCUUUUAAUCAGGCUUCCAGAGCUCCUCAAAAUCAGCCUAGUACUCAGCAGCUACGUAUGUUAGUACAACAAAUUCAAUUAGCCGUCCAAGAAGGUUACUUAAACCACCAAAUUCUAAAUCAACCACUUGCACCUCAAACACUAAUACUUUUGAACCAAUUAUUGCAACAAAUCAAAGUACUACAGCAACUUCAUCAGCAACAUUCUGUGCAAAGUACAAUGAAGGGUAACGGCCAAUCGGUCCUUCAGAUAAGCGUACAAAUAACAAAGACAAAGCAGCAGAUAGCAAAUCUACAGAAUCAAAUCGCUGUGCAACAAGCUACUUACAUGAAGCAGCAGCAGCAACAACAGCAACAGCAGCAGCAGCAGCAGCAACAACAUCCGGCCCCGCCAUCGCAGAGCUCCGAAUAUUACAAGAGUUCUGUACAUGAUCCUAUGUCGGCGUUGCAAAACAGUUUCACGGACUUGACAAUGAACAAGGAGCCUCCUGUCAGUCAGCAACAAUCAAGACUAAAUCAGUGGAAGUUGCCUUCUUUGGACAAGGAUGGAGAGUUAGUUACCAACGAGUUCUCAAGAGCGCCAGGAACAACCAGUAAGCCAGCAGCUACACCGGCUGGUUUGACACGAUCUCACAGUAGUCCUAACAUGAAUCCUUUGUUGGGUCAAGGAGAUGGUACAUGGUCCACCAGACUUGGGGAGAGUGGUUGGCCAGAUCCAGGUAACACGGACUCCACCGACGGAAAGGAUUGGCAGCCAACAGGAGCAGCUGCUGGUGCCGCUGCCUUCACCGACCUAGUACCUGAAUUUGAACCUGGCAAACCAUGGAAGGGUACCCAGAUGAAGAGCAUCGAGGAUGAUCCUAGCAUUACUCCCGGCUCUGUGGUCCGUUCACCACUGUCUCUAGCAGCGAUCAAAGAUCCUGAUGCUAUCUUCUCUUCAAGUAGUAAGACUUCACCACCACCGCAACAACCUACCAAUCCUGAUACAUCCAUACCAAGUUUAAGUAAUUCUACAUGGACGUUCAAUCCACCCGCCACUACCCCAAGUGCUUUUACUAGACGUAUCAUGUUUAGUGCGAAAAAUACUUGGGGUGAAUCUGCACCACCGCCAACCGCAGUCACCUCAGAACUGUGGGGAGCACCGAUGAGUAAGGUUCGUGGUCCACCGCCAGGACUAAGCAGCAAGGCCACAGGGAAUACAAGCAAUGGCUGGGCAGGUCUUGGCACUGUUGGUAGAUCAUCUAGUUCAUGGGGUCUUCAAUCAAGCACAAAUGCUGGCUGGGUUUCUACCUGGCUACUACUCAAAAAUUUGACGCCUCAAAUUGAUGGUUCUACGCUGAAAACACUUUGUAUGCAGCACGGUCCUGUUCAAGACUUUCGACUAUACCUCAAUCAUGGAAUUGCAUUAACAAAGUACUCAUCUAGAGACGAGGCUAUAAAGGCACAAGGUGCUCUGAACAAUUGCGUCCUGGGCAACACGACAAUUUUCGCGGAAUCACCAGCUGAUAGCGAAGUACACACACUGUUACAACAACUAAGUCAUGGGGGUCAACAGCAAGCCGGAGCUACAGCUGGAGCAGGCUGGAGUUUACGGCCAUCGAACAAAACUGGUCCACCACCCGACACAUGGGGUGGAAGUUCGAGCCAAUUAUGGGGCGCUCCACCAAGCAGUAAUUCACUAUGGAGCAGCACUGGUAUUGACAGCAACGAUCAGCAACGUGCUACGCCCAGUUCACUGAACUCGUACUUACCCGGAGACCUUCUGGGAGGUGAGUCGAUGUAGAGUGCCGCACGGAGGGAGCGGUGUCACUCGUGCGACGACCAAGCCGCCUUCUACUUCACGAUACGUCAAUUAUAUUCCGCAUUGUCAGAUGGGCCGGUUCUCGCGAAGAAGUUACUUAAAUCUAAAUCAGUGCCGCCGCGUAUACGCGCAUCCUAAUACGAGACGCGUCGUAAACAAAGAGAUAAUUGAAACAGUAACCACAGGGAUCUGACUUGAUUAUUCAAUUUCUUUGUUUUAUUUCCUUAUUUUCAACGGAGAAUUGAAUUUAUUCGAUUCAGGAUAUAUACAUAUUACCGAGGAAUGACGAGGGGAGGGAAAUGAAAUAUUUUAUGAAUUUUCUUCACAAAGGUUUUUUGGUGUGCGCCGUAUUUUUCUCAACUCUCUCUCUCUCUCUCUAUCUCUCUAUCUCUCUGUUUGUUGGAGUAGUACCCGAUUUUCAAAUAAUUAACGCAUGAAUGCUGGUUGUUAUCACGUGUACUAUGUGAUAAACGUGUACUACACCGUUUUACAUUUUAAAGAAAAACAAAACGUAAUGAUUAGUAUUAUAUCACACACUAUAUAAAUAUUGCUUGUGUUGCUAUACCUUUAGUACUUGGUAUUUUUAAAAUAAUACUAAUUUCAUCUCGGACGAAUAAUGCGCGUAUGUGUGUACACUAAGUGCGCACCAUUAAAACACACAUAUUUUAAUGACACUACUGAACUAGUAUUCUUCCUGUGCAAGUCAUGUUUUGAUUAUCAUAUAUAUUCUCAAAUGAUAUUCCGUUUAUCCGACAAACGUGUAUUACUAGCAUAUUUUCAAUGUUUCAUUCGAUAGAAUAUUUGGUAUAUACUUAACGAUCUUCUCGAUGUUUUAAUAUCUCUUCGGUUUUAUUUUGUAUGCUGUCGUUGUGUAUAUUUUAACGCGGUAAUUAAAAUCACACGUGCUAAGAUUAUGUUGCAAGAAAAGGAAUUAACAAUUUUUGAAAUUAACGUUUUAGUGCAUUUUUUUCUUUGGUAUCUUCGGUGUUUGUGCGUAUUUCUUUUUACGCUAUAUACAUAUAUAUGUAUAUAUAUUUAAUAAACGCACAUGAUUUCAUAUUGAUCCGUAUAUAUCAAUAAGAAUUACAGUAUAUAUUUGUAUCUGUAUUUUUUUCUUUUUCUUUUUAAGUAUUGUCCGUGUGUGUUAUAUCUCUUUUUUGUUCUUUUUUUUUCUUCAAUUAACAUGGCAAAAGCGAACGCGCUCGUGUGAUUUAAUAUUAAAACAUCGAUAUGCAAACGAUUUGUUUAAAAUAAUGAUACAAAUUUUUAACUCUUUUUUACGUAUCGAAAAGAAUAAAAGAAUUAGAACACGAAACAAGAUAAAAGGUACGCGCAUACACCGCAACCGUUUAGCUUCGAAAAGAAUGGCUGCUUCUAGAUAAAGGCGCCGCCAAAAUGAUUCCUUAAAAGAAUGCGCGUGUAAGAAAGUAAAUUAUGAUCGUUGGUCUCAUGAGUGUUCCACUUUUUUGCUCUUAAAGGUUUCCUUUAAUCGAGACUGCGAUGCGUAUCAAACGUAGACUGUACCAAUCUAAUCAAAACAAAAAAAAAAAAAAAAAGAGGCGGAGAAAAGUUGAAUGAAACAAAAAUAAAAUACAAAAAGGGGGAAGGGAUAUUACCUCUUUUUAAAGGAAAAAAAAAAAAAAAAACCAAGCAAGGAUCCACGUCGAUGCUUCGGGCUACGUAAAAUUACCUCUUCCAUUAGCUAUCUGGUGAUACAGAAUCGACAUUUUUUGUUAAAUUUCAACUAAAUUGGCAGAAACGAAAUUGCUUGAACAUUAAUUGAUAGCCAUAGUUAGUUUUUAUAUGUUGUGAAAUUGUUGGGAAAGAUUGUGACCAUUGAAAGAGGGAAACAUUUUUGAAUGUUGAUGAUAUUAAAAAUUGAAAAAUGUUUCAAACUAAAAAGGUCGAUUCUCUAUCCCAAUAAGUGCCCAGUAACCUUUCAAAUAAAAAGGGUAUAUUACAUCGGGGUCUGAAUUCUUGCGACAACAACAAAAACGAUACCAAAUGUUAUCGCAAUAACAUAAAUUUUAUUCUAUAUUAAAUCUAAAUGCCACCUGUCGUGCCAAUGUCCAGCGUGUCUCUUUACCAUUUACUAAUUAUAGAGUUAUAACGAACAUGGCAAUUCGAUGUUUUUCUCUAGUUAUCUUGUUCUGUGUAUACCUGUGCGUCUCUCUCUUUCUCUCUCCUCCCUGUGUGCGUACGUGAGUGCAUACAUGCGUUAUUAGGUCUGUUUCUCUGUGCGUAUGUUAUAUGUGUGGGUGUUGUAAAUUGAACAAUAACCGAGUAAACAACCUACCACUUCCCAUUGGUUGCAGUUGAAGGAAAUAGCAUUUAAACAACAUGCAAAGUAUUCAGACGAAAUUGUAAAUCAAUGUCUUUAAGAUGAUUUGAAAUUUUCUAAUUGUUCAGCCAAGUGAUAUUUAUUUCUUAGACUUAUCAGCAGCCUUUUUAUAAGGUGAACUGUUUUGGUACAAAUAAAAAUAUGCGUUACACGUUUAGAUUCAGACAACAGACUGGCAAAAUUAAUAAUUUUAAUAAGAAUCUAGUGAUAUGUUAUAUUUUCUCAGUUAUUAAGACAGAAAGUAUUGAAAAGAUACAUAUGUUUUAAGAAGCAUCAGGAAGCUUACAUCUAUAAGAUAAUUCUCAGCGAGGGUAUAGAUAAAUUAAAAUAUUAAGUUCUACACUAGAGAUUUGUUAAUUGCGCUCAGAAUGGACCGGUUAUUUUACAUAGAAAUUAUAUUCACUAAUUCCUGAUAUUGAGUUUGGUGAAUGAUUUUUCUAGGGAAGUGUUGUUUCAGUUCGCUUUUCGAAACUUCUUCCAAUUUGUUUCCAAUGUGUUGGAGUUAUGGUUGACAUAUCAGUAUCCUCCAUGACUAGUGAUAAUAAAGACAUUUCCUUAGAAUAGGUGGUGUAUGCUUCUAAGAACUGAUUGAUCUCCGUUUUCUCUUCAUCGGAAACAUUUCUCUUGAGAACCUUUUAAGAACUGUUCCUACGUUAGUUGAUACUUUGAUCGCUAAUUCAGUUAUUUAUAAUGUCAUUCCAAAUGUUACAAACUAAAUGUAUAUCCUUUCUUUUCUUUUCUGUCGAACGAGCCAUAGAAUGCUUUUUCUUCACUUUCUUCACUUUCUUCACAUUCUAUUUAUUUAUGGCUGUAGACAGUUCUCACCGAACUUCUUUAGCAACUUGAGAUUUUAACGAGGUUCCAUCUUUCAAUUGUAUAAAGCUAGGGAAGUGAAUUUUAUUUUAUAUCCGCUGCCACAAGCGGAAGCUGUUAUACCCACAGGUGGCCUUAUGACAUAGUUCUUAUACGUAUGUAAGACUUAAGACUAAAAUCGAAUUAGGAUUGUCGUGUGUAACCUGAGAGCUUCCCUCCUUGCAUUAACUCAUUUGAGUACACUAUAUAUGAAAUUUAUUCAUUAUAUUUGUAUAUUCGAACUAGCUAUGUAUUAUCAAUUAUUUCAUCAUAUUACCAAUGAUGCAGAUUUUAUUUUAUUUCUUUCAUAUGUAUUAAGAAAUUAAUUUAAUAAAGAAAAUUUCAUGUUUAGUGCUCUCGAAUGAGGACGACGAGUUGAAAUGAGUUAAGUUCUUAUUAUUUUUUUUUUUUUUUUUUUUUUUUUUUCUAUUUGAUUCGCACAGUCACUGACUGAUCCUAAUUAUCUACCUGAUAUCAUACUUGCAACGUUUCAAUUGUCUAAUAACUUGUCCAAAACGGAUCACCUCGGUUAUUAGUUUUAAGGCUGAUUUAGAUUAUCCAUUCAGACAUAGGGUGUUAAUAGUACAGAGUAGUGUGCAGCUUAGGCUUUCUUUAGUUAAAGGAAGCAUAGGGGAAGAAGUGACCCACUGUUUGUCAUAUAUAUCGUACAAAGACAAGAGGCUCUCCCUGGGUUCCCCUUGGAUUCUCCCAGGAUCGAAGACAGUCAGUGGGAGGUUCCUUUCCCUAUGCUUAUCUUUAAUUAAAAAGAAAAGCCUACAAAAUAUUCUUGCAGCCAUUUAAACAAAAGUGGUACAUCGUGUAUCAGACAAUAACUGACCAAUAUCUAUUAUUGACAGAUGGCUUUUUAAAUUUGAGAAAUUGACUGUCACAGCGGUUUUAUUUUUAAUUGUAAAAAAAAAAAAAAGUAUUGUACAUAUUUUUAGUAAUAUACAACAAGGAUUUUAAAGCUUCUGAAAAAAUUAUUGAAAAUUUUAACAGACUUUGCCAUGCCAUAACGUGUACCAUGAUUAGGACUCUCUGUAUAUCAGCAUACAUAUACACCCACGCACACUCAUAGAAUGUGUGAUGGUUUAAUAUUUGCUCAUGUGUCAUUUGAAAAUAGUAAUAAAUAUUAUAUUUUUCGUACAGAAUACGUCACGUUUCCGUCGAUCAUUGGAAGAUAUAUAUAUUUUCCCUAGUUUUCACAUUCUGUUGUUUAUAUUUAUUGUUAUUUAAAUUUGUAAUAGUCAUCGCUGGUCCAUGCCAUGUGCAAUUAACGAAUCCCAGUUGCAUUGCGUAAAAGAGAAAUGAAAACAUGAACUUUAGUUUAAUUAUUCCUUACAACAAAUUAGUCAAUCUUUAUCGCAUGUGAUAGAAACGUAACACUUAAAUUUCUUUCACGAUUCGGUUGUGGAAAAUAAAUGUACAACAUAUUUAAUCGCUUAGAAAUUAAUAUAAAAAAAGAAUCUUCUAGAAGACGAGAGGAUACAGAAAUAGAAAUUUCACAGGUUUUUUUUUUUUCAAUUUUACACCAUUUCCAAUGUAUGAAUAAUCCUUUGUUCGAUAUACAUUUCAUAGAAUCUGGGUCGCAAUUGACCCAACCACCAUUGGGAAGAAUUGUUUACGAGAAAGUGGUGAAAAUGAAUUUGAGUGAAGGCCUUAAUUGAAUUCUCAUUCCUUCGAUUUCUGACCCAUACGUGUGCAUUAUUAAUCCGAGUAUACGUCAUACGUGUAUGUAUGUAUGUAUGUAUGUAUGUAUGUGUGAACGUGUUACGUGUGGGUGCAUGUGUAAAUUUGCUUUGUACGCUCGCGUGCGCGUGUAUGUAUGUGUAUGUUUUCAACGUCAAAGGUACCUGAAUGGACUGAUAACCAUACUGAUGGAAAAGAAAAAAAGAGUGUUUAUUCAUUGCACAAUAUUUUUUUUCUGAUAUUCUAAAAUAUAUCAUAACGCCCUCAGACCUUUGAUUUCUCUUAGGUACAAGAUUUAAGAAUAAUAAUGUUCUUUUCUGCGGACUGCCAUUAAAGCAGAUGACAGAUCAAACUAUUAUUAAUUAGUCUUUUUUUCUUGUGAGUCAGCAAACACAUUUAUAUUUGGGUUAUCGCAUAAAAACUGGAGGGAUCAAAAUGGUUCUGUAAAAUUUAGUUUAGAGAGAAAAGGGUUAAUUGUUUAAAAAUCAAAAGAUCGGAGAGAGUGGAUACAUUAGAAUUCCAUAAUAUUAAAAAAUAAAAAUUAUAAUAUUUAACAAAUUUAUUUAUACACCGUGUAUUUCGAUGGAAAAUGAUCGAUAAGCGUGUAGAUACUAAUGGGAUACUUAUAAAAAAGAAAAAAAAUGGAAAAAAAAAAAUUUGUUCAUUAGUAAGUUUGGUAAAGCCAAAGAAAACACGAUGCUACAAAACUUCUAUUAAUUAACUUAAAUUUAAAAAACGUGGCUGGUAACGAAAGUGAACAACGUUGAAGGGAAAAAAAACGAAAUUAUCCGUUUUCAUCAUAGACUGAAAAUAAUAUUUCGGUUCAGUCAGAAAUGUUUAGAAUCUUUUUAACAAACAAAAAAGAAAAGAAGAAAAAGAACGCUUCCAUAGUUGUGGCACAUUAGAAGUAAAAAUGGGUUCUCUAUUUCAUGACAUAAUUUCUUUAAAAUUUAUCAUCCAACGUACCUAAGAUACAUGAAAGUUUUCUCACAUUUUUAUCGUGUCCAUUUUCGAUGCUUUAUUAACAAAAUAACUACUUAAAAGAAAUAUUUUAUGAUUAAAAGUGUGUAUACCCACAUGCAAAAACGGUUGCCGCCGGGUGACUGAAAGCAUAGAAGGGCCCCCUUCCAGUUACCUACCUCGGAGAGCUUCGGCAGCGUUCGGGUCUUUCCGUAGUAGGAGUGGGGUAUAAAAGCGGGGCGCGUUGUCCCUUCACUUUCAGUUGCCUCCGGGACGCUAUUCAGGUAAGGGGGUGUAUAUUACUUACUGGAAAAACAAAGAAAGAGAAAAGUAGAUUAGUGUUAAAUGAACCGUUUACAAGCCAAACUGAUUAAUUCCACUUGAUUGAUGUUUAAUUUAUUUUUGUGGAAUUAAUCAGUUUCGUAAAUGACCGGUUCAAAUAGCCUUGAAAAAGAUUUCCAUAGAAAAUGUCAUGUUUAAAUGGUACUAUGUUAUUCCAACGAGAGUAGGUCAAGAUUUAAGUAUCAAAUCAUUCGUUACUGUUUAUUUAAUGAAUAAAAAUGCAUUUUCUUAAUAUCUCAGUCAGUUAUAUCUGAAGACUAAUUAUGUUUAAAGCAAACGAACGUUCAAUUUAACUAUAUAGAUUUCAUCAUAAAAUUUGUAUCCUAAUGCUUGAAAAAAGCUGCCUCUGCAAUUCAUCGAAAAUUAGUUCUAUGCUAAGCUUUUACCCAGAUUUAUCUCAGGUUCCAUAGAACCAUUGAAUCAUAAUAAUAACAACAAUAAUAAUAAGUAUUAUAAUAAUAAUAAUGCAAUGAUAAUGAUAGUAAUAGUAAUAAUAACACUAAUAUUAAAUAACAGCAACAACAACAAUAAUAAUAAAUAAGAACACUAAUAAUACAAUAUAUAUAUAUAUAUAUAUAUAUAUAACAAUAGUAAUAGCAACAUAUAAAUAGCCAUGAUAAUAUUUUGAUCAAUGAAUAUGUGUAGAACGAUGAUUAAAAAUGAAACCAAGAAUAAUAUGUAAUUUUUAAUAAGGAUAUUCAUAAAAAUAGCAUUAGUAACAGCAGCAACAAUAAUAUUGACAAUGGUAAUUCUAAGAAAGUAGUUGGUACCCGAUAGUGGUUAAUAAAUAAAUAAAUGAUAAUCGCAGUAAUAGCAGUUGCAACAGUAGUAGUGGCUUUGACAAUGAUAGUAAUAGCGGCAAUAUUGUGUAAUUGUGAUAAUAGUGUUAAUGAUGGUGUUACCACUAUUAUUAUUACUGCAUUUGCUACUACUACAAUCAUCAUCAUUGUUGUAAUUAUUAUUAUUAUUAUUAUUAUUAUUAUUAUUACUAUUACUAUUAUUACUGCUAUCUUUAAUAAAUGUCAUUAUGAUAUUAUUGUUGCUGCUGUUUCACAAUUAUUUAAAUUUUUUUUACGGGAUUCAGGGAAGGAUCUGGAAGUUUUGAGAUAUGAAAAAUUUUAUUUUAACAUUUUUAUUCUAUAGCAGUUUAAAUAAUAUGGUACUGAUUUUACUUCAAAAUAAUUUUUCUUAUAAAUUUUAUAAUUUUUGAAAUCCACUAUUGAAUAGGGUUAUAUUCGGUACGCAACUAUUACUGCUACUAUCAUUACCAUUACUACCACUGUUACUAUUACUACAAAAAAAGUUAAAAAAAAAAAGUACUAAUCACACGUAUUGUUGUUUAUUGCUGUUCCUGCUAUUUCCAAUCGCUACUACUACCACUAUAUUUAUAUUACUCUUACUGCAGCCCUAAGUUUGUUUUAUUUUUAAUUUUUCGAUUGUUAUUAUUACCAUUAGUUAUAUUACUCGUAAUAAUAUAUAUAUACAUACAUAUAUGUGUAUCAUUACUACUAUGUAUUAUGGGUGCAAUUAUUGUUACUGCUACAACUACUAUUACAUAUAAUUAAUGUUAAAGAAAAAAAAAAACAUAGAAUAUAAAGAAACACUAUUGGUGCUGUUUGUUACUGCUAUUGUUAUUUUAUCAGUAUUGGCAUCACUGCUUCUAUUACUAUUAUUUAAGACAAUUCCCCCUGUCAUUACUGAUGCUGCACAGAUAAUGAUAGCAGUAAUAGUAAUAAUAAAUAGUAGUGGUGGGACAAGAACAACAAACAGAAAGAUUAAAAAAUAAAAAAAGAACAAAAAUAAUGAUAGUAGUAGACGGUCAGCUGCAGUAGUCACACACAAUAGUUUUUAAGUGAUAUAGAAUUAACCAAUGGUAAUAGUAAUAAGGCUGCUAAUUAUAAUAUUAAACAAAAAAGAGUAUAACUUACUGUUUAUAUAAAUAUAUAUAUAUUAUAUAUAUAUAUUUAGUAAUCAAUGAUCCGUAAACCACAAUAAAAAGAUAAGAGUGAUUGUGACGAGGACGAUAAUAACGAUUAAUGAAUAUUAAUAAUCGCAAUUAUAAUAUUUUAAAUCAAGUAGUAUUAAUAGUGGCAGUAAUAAUAUUUGUCGUUGAAUAUUUAGCGUGUGGCAGCAGUGGCAGUAUAUAGUUUUAAACAAACAGAAAAAAAAGCACCAGUCAUAUAAGGAACAUAUAUGUAGCGAUGAUAUUAUAAUUAGUAUAUAAUGUUAAUAAUAUAUAUAUAUAUAGAUAUAUACACACACACAUAAAUAGAGGUCUGAGGGCGUAUUGAAUAUAGUGAAUGUACCUUUUUUGCGUUCCACGUGAUGGAACAUAAAUUUAUAUUGCAAGGAGAAAAAAAGAAAUAAUUAAAUUUAUGCAAGCGCUGGUACUUCCAACGACAAUGGAUCUUUCUCUUUCUCUCUCUCUCUCUGUCUCAAUGGAAAGAAAUGAAAUGUGAGAAUCCAUUGUCCUUUUAUCACGGGGAUAAACGGCAGCACACUCCAAGCAUGAUCGCGACGUAUUUGCUCGUAAAAGUUUGAAAAAAUGCUAAGCUAAAGAUAAUAUACCGAGUAUUUAUAUGGAACUUGUACGACACUGGGGGUUAAAUAUUCUUUUAAAUUGAUAAACAAUAUUUUCGAGCGAUGUUGUAGAAAAUGUCCCUUUUUUUUUUUUUUUUUUUUAAUUAUUUAUAAAAGAAUCAUUGGAACAAUUCGUUUUUAAUCUAAUAGUAAUUUUAUUUAUGAAAUAAUGUGUUCUGAAAUUAACGUUACAAUUGUUUCUUUUUCUUUUUUAAUACUUUUUAUGGAGAUAGAAUUUUUGAGAAAGUGUUAAACAACGGAAGUGGAGGAAGGGGUGGUUCGUUUCUAUAUAUUUUAAAACUUCAUUUAAAACACAUAUCUAUGAAUAGGGAGAAAGGAAAAAUCUCAUGAUUUUUUGAUAACAAUUUAGUCAUCGCCUCAGUGUCGUUAAUUAUUAAUUUUAUAAACAAACAUACUUCGAGAUAUUAGAAUUAGCAUGCUAUAUAUGUAUAUUUAAGGGUAAUUCGCAAUGCAACACCACGAUAACUUGUACGCAUGCGCAGAAAAAAAAAAAAAAUAUGAUAACGACGCGCUUCUCUCUCCUCCGUUUCUUUCUUCGCCAUUUCGUCCGUGUACACACUCGUUACAUCAUUUUUAUUCGUCGCAGACAAAGAAACAUUUAUUGUACCUAAUAUUACUUUUAUUGUCUGUCUUCUUUUGAAACUACCAACAGCGUUCUGUCGCUCGAACUUAUUCAAAGAGUCAAUUAUUUUUUCUUGUCAGGCCACAGUCUGUUGUUGUGAUCACUAACCGUUCCGAUUUCUACGAUACAGUUGCAAUAAUUAGGUUUGAACGAGAAUCUGGAAAUCUAGGAUCAGGUCUCGCGUCCUAGAAGUAUCUAAUGGCAUCACAAUCUAGGGAUCCCUAGAAUUUCAUGCCAUGUGAUACUCUUCGGACUCUAACCCGAUCUGACUCUCCCUAGAUCAAGUUCUCGUACAUUCCUAGCAAUAAUAAUUUUAAUCAAUCACGAUAAACGUCCUAAGAAGAGUUUCUUCAUCCAAACAGCUACUUAACCGUAUGAAAUUACAAGACCAUUUUGUUUCUUUGACCAGUACAAAUAUCUUUAUUCAAACUGAUCACGUUCGAGCCCAGAAUAAUCGGUCCAACUGAACCGAGAUCAGGCGAGAUCGUAAACAUGGGCAGAUCGAUCCAAACCGCCUCGAACGUGUUAUAGAUCAUAGAUCGUGUCCAGUGAAACGCGUGGAACAUCGAAUUUCAAAGGCUUUAGAAACACGAACCGUUCGUAACUCGAAUUUACGUUUGAUAAAUUAAAUGAAGGGACAAAGUUUUAAAGGAAUACAGUCAAUAGGUGUAUAUUUAUCAAACGUAUUAUGCAUACGCGCAAUUCGUAAUAAUAUACGAUACGAAUUCAGUACGCUUACGCGCAUGCGUGUUGUUGAUUCACAAUUAUUUUUGUUUCUUUUCUUCCUUUUUUUUAAAUCUGCGUAUGAUAAGAUUUGUACGCAUGUGUGUGUGCUUACUCUAUUUUUAUCGUCAAUAUUGAUUCAGUACGCUUAUACAUGCAUACGCAUUGGUUUUAUUAAUUCUAUGUGCAUGCGUUCCAUUUGGGGAUCCCCAGAUUUACUUAUGUUGUGCGCAUGCGUACACACGCGCCAGUAAGAAAACGUACACAUACGCUAAUCCUUCUUUCGGGAUGUUCAUCUCUUUCCAGACAUAAAUGCGUGUGCAUCAGGGGCGUGUGCCAUUGUUGAUUUGAUGAUUAAAAAAAUAAAAAAAGAAUUGUAACAUUUAACUAGUGUAAUUCUAAUCACUGAUUAUAAAUUAUAGUCAAGGCUCGAUCAUUCGAAAUGUAAGGGAAUCAUUAUAGAGACCAAAAGUAUCGAAUACUUUUUUAAUUUAGGAAAGUAUCUCUAUUUUUUGUCUAAUAUUUUAACAAGAAUACUUGAAUAAUUGUAAAUUUGAUUUCUGUGCUUCUAAGUCGCGAAAUUUAAGUACUUUUUACAAUGGCUAAUAAGACAAUGCCGGUGAAGGUUUUAAAUAAACAAAAAGGCAUACGUAAUUAGCUUUACGUCUUAACAUUUCGUUAUAUAAACAAUGUAUGAUAAUAAUAGUAGGUUUAGUGGAAAUUGAACAUAUAUUAAAGUUGCUAUUUAAUUAAUUUUUUUUUUUUUUUUGUAAGUAUCGGAAAGAUUGCAAAGUAUAAAAAAAUUAUCUUUAUAGUUUUGAUCUUUUAAUUGUUAUACACAGUAUUAUUUAAAGAAGCCGCGAAAGUGUGUGUUCAAAUUUUAACAAAUCACUUCUUUUUUCCCCCCUUUCCUACAUGUUCUACAGUUCCUCGUAUUUCUGUAAGAGAUAUAUAUAUAUAUAUAUAUAUAUAUAUAUACAUGAAAUGUGCUUAAAUAAUAGUGUACCCUCGAUAAUUAAGUUCUAACCAUUAUUAUUAUUUCUAAAUGUUAAACAUAAAGAAUAAAAUACUGCUUGUUGAAUAUUCUUUUACGUUUCUAGUAUUUGUUUUUCUUAAUCAAUGAAGCAAAAAUAUUUCUCGAGUACUUAAAAUACUCAGUUUUUGGAAAAUUUCUAAAGUUUCAUACAGGGGUGACAAAACACUGAUCAAAAGUUCGGUAUUCGAUUGAAAAAGUGCUUUAAAAAACGAAAAUGCGAAACCUGUAAAUAUUUUUUUAAGUAGGCAUUACGAAAAUGUAACAAAGGCUGACGAAUCUUUCAAAAUGCAAUUUCGAAAGUAGCAAGAAAUACGUUAAAUAGCAUUUUUUGCCUUAAAUAUAUAAAAAAAAAAAAAGGAUAACACAAUUGAUAAGUAUAAAUAGAUUUAUAGAGUACAUAUGCUUGAAAGUGCAAAAGAUUAAAAGGAAAGUUCGGUUCGAGAUAUGAAAUGAAAUUUGAAAUGAUUUCAAUUUUGUGAAGAUUUUUAUUAUGCGACUUAAGUGUAUAUUCAUAAUUGCAAUAAACGUACAAUCUCUAUGGUGGAUAGAAGAAGUAUGAAAUUUUAAUAAAGCUUUUACGCACACUCGAAGAAAAAGAUUUUCCAUUAGGAAAGAGCUCUACAUAAAAUUUUCUGUUAUUAAAUUAAUAUAUGUACAGGGUGCUUCAGAAACGUUGGCCAAAAAUUAUGUACAAAAUUUAAUGUAUAAUACAUUGAACCACCCUGUAGAUUUUAACACUUUGGCAUUCAACAUUCAUUGAACCAAACGUAAUUUAAUUUCAAACAAAUGCGACUGUCAAAGUGUUAAGACCAUUAGAGGAAUAAUGAUGUGUGCCAUGCACUGAUUUUUCAAGAGAAAUAAUUCUAAACACAGCGAGUAGUCUGUGUGUCACGUUGUUCAUUAGAUCUAGAAAUAAAUAAAAAUAAAAGUGUCCCUAGUGCACACGUUUCGAAUUAAAAAAAUAAAACAUCCCGAAAGAUCAAAGAAGUCCAAUUUCGUCGUUUAAGCGUAUUAUUAACAACAAUAUACAUACAUACUUACGAUUAGGUAGCAAGUACAGGACACAUUAAGGCACGGAUGUACGAGCGCGCGUACACACACUUACACACACAUACACACACGAUUGACAGAUUCACUGUCGGUCACGCGAUAUCGCGUGGUCGAUUCUCACGUGUUAAAAGAAUCAAAUUUUCACAGCAGGCUUUUAAAUACACGUACACGUUGUUUAUCAAUUUAUACGUAUAUAUUGCACUCGCGCGCGCGCGCCUACGCAUAUAUACAUUCCUAUAAUAUUAUUAAUAGCAUAAGAUUGAAAAGAAACAACACACGCAGUUUGAUAAAGAGUACUAGUUGAUAAGGAUUGAAUUAAUUAUUGUAAAAGAAAAAAAAGUGACUAUUGAUUAAUGCAACAAAGUGGACUAAUUCGCGAGUAACCUCUAUUCCUAACAAGAAUGAAAGAUUAAUUAAUUUUAAACAGAUUAAUAGUAACUAAUAAUAAUAACGAUGAAUGAAUAAGUAGGUAUUAACAGUAAUAAUAAAUAAUAAUUGAUCGUAAUGUUCAUUAAUAAAAAUUAAAAAUAAAAACGCGAUAUAUAUAUAUAUAUAUAUCUAUAUUAUAUAUAUAUAGUGCUAAUAACCAUAUAUUAAAGAAAUAGAGAUUGCGGUACGAAAUAAUGGAAAAAAAAUAUAAAUAGUAUAGUUAUUACGAUUUUUGCGAUUUUCAUUGUCUAACGGUAUUUGAGAGAUAUAUUCACAGUAUGUAGCUUAGUAUAAUAAUAAUUCUAACGGACUCUUAGAAUAAGAUUUCGAAUUGCAGAAAAAGAAAGAAACUAAACCGCGCGAGUAAAUGGGGAUGAAUUUGAACAAGUAACUAUGAUUAUGUCAGCAACAUUUCUUUCUUUCUCUCUUUUUCUUUUAUUUAAAUGUCGUUCGAGAAGCUUUUCACCUGUGAAUUUUUUCUGGUAUCUUUUUCUUUGUAAUUUAAUAAUGUUUUUUUUUUUUUUUUUUUAUUUUUAUUAUGAGCUCAACGUAGGUUUCAAAAUCUCAACGAAAGUCCAUCUGAAGUAAUAGAUAAUUAUCUUUUUUGAAAUGGGAUGUUACACAUAUCAGAAUUGAAGAAACAUCGAAAAUUUAUUUUUAUUCUGUUACUUUAUGAACUGCUAAUUGCGAAUUCGUAUCAUUUUUAAUUAAUAUGACACGGAUACGCAUCGUCUUCAAUUGCGAAAGAAAAAGUCCAGAAAGAAUUCAAAGUGAAAAAAAAGUGGGAAAAGGUGUAUAGGGUUAUUUGAAUGUUGCUUGUAUUUAACAUUCAGAUAUACAUACAUAACAUGCAUUACGUACACAAUACGCAUACAUAUACAUAUAUACAUAUAUAUAUCAAAUUGAAUCAAAGGGCGAAAAGCUUUCUUAAACUAGCGGAAAGAUAUUUGUUGUGAUAAUAAAUAUUGAGUAUAUAGCUCUUCUAGGAUAUAAAUAAUUACUUUAAAAAAUGAAGAAUUAGGGUUAAUGAAUAAACCGCGGUGGAUUUAGCUUGGGGAGGGAGAAGAAGAACAAAA